AUGAAGGGGAGCAGCAUCCUCCUGCUGGUGGCCCUCACCUCGCUCUGCACCUGCAGGCUGGCCACAGGGGAGGACAACAGUGAGUUGUUCAUGGACUUCCUGCAAACGCUGCUGGUGGGGUCCCCAGAGGAGCUCUACGAGGGGCCACUUGGCAAGUACGAUGUCAACGCAGAUGCCAAGGCAGCGCUGACGGAGCUCAAAUCCUGCAUAGAUGGCCUUCAGCCCAUGCACAAGGCGGAGCUGAUCAAGCUGCUGGUCCAAGUGCUGGGCAGUGAGGACGGCGCCUAG